AUGUUUUGGAUGUGCAGUCAACUGUUGUGUGUUUCACUUUUCCUGGCUGUGGUGCAGGCAAAACCACAGCUGGCUGAGGAUUGUGAGCUGAAUGCAGUGGAUACCAUGCAUGAUUUUUGCUGUGAUCUUCACGACGAGUCACCAGAGUUUCUAGAGUGCCAAAUGGACUGGCAUGAGAAGCUGGAACCCAACAACGAUCACUUGGAGCAGGCUUACAUGUUUUGCACAGCUGAGUGCACCUUUAAUUCAACAGAGUAUCUGGGUGUAAAUCGUCAAUCUCUGAAUAUGCACAGGAUUAAGGAGCACUUGUCGCAGGAGCUGGACAACGAGGCGGAUGAGUUGCUGCUCUAUAAAGCCUACGUCAAGUGUGACCAGCAUGCUCUUGGUCUACUCGGUCACAAGGCAGUGCAGCUGAUAGAGAAGCGUCUGUCUCCGCAUGGUUGUCAUCCUUAUCCUGGUCUGGUGCUGGAAUGUGUUGCCAACGAGAUGAUUCUGCACUGUCCAACUUAAAGGUUUCACAACUCCCCUCAGUGUCGGGUUACAAGGGAUUAUCUGCGUCAGUGCAUGGAGUAUCUACAAUAUAAAUCUUAAAACUGAAUGUGCAACAAGUUGCAUGUUUUAUUGUGGCAACAGUUGAAGUAAACGCAAGUCUAAUC